UCUGUGGGCGGGACUCCCGGAGACUGUAAGGAGCAGGCGUGGAUCUGCGCCCCGGCGGCUGGAAUUGGGCCGAGGCGGGGCUCUGUGUCGCGGGAGGUUAAGGACCUCCUUCUCGCCCACCCUGGGGGGUUAAGAGGGACGGCCUCCUGACCGAGGUCGCUGGUAGCCGGAGGUCUGUCUUGCCUUCCAGCAGUGUUGGCGUCACGGUUGAAUCUAAUUGAGGAGUCACUGGGAAAGGCCAAGCUCGCUUUUGCGAGGCGGAGAACCGGCACUAAUCGGGCCUGCUGCGUCCCUGGCAGGCCCUGCCCGCCAUGGGGGAGGUGGAGAUCUCGGCCCGGGCCUACGUAAAGAUGUGCCUGCAUGCUGCUCGGUACCCACACGCUGCGGUCAAUGGGCUGUUGCUGGCGCCUGCGCCGCGGUCCGGGGAAUGCCUGUGUCUCACCGAUUGUGUGCCCCUCUUCCACAGCCAACUGGCCUUGUCCGUCAUGCUGGAGGUCGCCCUCAACCAGGUGGAUGUGUGGGGCGCACAGGCCGGUCUGGUGGUAGCUGGGUACUACCAUGCCAAUGCAGCCCUGGAUGAUCAGAGCCCUGGGUCUCUGGCCUUGAAAAUCGCUGGGCGAAUUGCAGAGUUCUUCCCUGAUGCAGUACUUAUUAUGUUGGAUAAUAAGAAACUAGUGCCUCAGCCUUGUGUGCCUCCAGUCAUCGUCCUGGAGAGCCACGGUCUCCGCUGGAUCCCCAAGGACAAGAACUUAGUGAUGUGGAGGGACUGGGAAGAGUCACGGCAGAUGGUGGGAGCACUACUGGAGGGCCGGGCACACCAGCACCUUGUGGACUUUGACUGUCACCUUGAUGACAUCCGACAGGAUUGGACGAACCAGAAACUCAACACCCAGAUCACCCAGUGGGUUGGUCCCACCAAUGGAAAUGCCUGAGCCAAGGACUAGGAAGGUUGAACCAAUAAAGAGAUGGGCUGGUGGG